AUGCAUUCACCACUCGCACUACUCUCCCUCCUCUCUAUCUUCUCCAAUUCCCUCAUCCACGCAAACCCUCUCCCUCUCCCCAUCCCCGUACCCGAAACCUCCGUCAUCAACACAACCGCAGCCUGCACCGACAUCCGCAUCAUCACCGCGCGCGCAUCCACCGAGUUGCCCGGCGAAGGUAUCAUCGGUUCCCUCGCUUCAGCCAUCCAACUCGCUACUAGCAAAUCGGUCACGCGGACUUCUGUGUCUUAUCCGGCGCUGCUGGCUCCUUACGCACCCAGUGUUGCAAGUGGUGUUGCGGCAAUGAAAGCGGAUAUUGUCGCGGCGGUUGAUGCGUGUCCGUCGCAGAAAAUUGUUCUUUUGGGAUAUUCUCAGGGUGCGGAAUGUAUCAGUGAUACGCUUGGAGGUGGAGGCGGCGGAACACUGGGAACAAAAACUCCGGCGAUUGACUCUGCGUAUGGUUCGCAUGUUAAGGCAGCUGUUAUGAUGGGUGAUCCUCGCUACAUGGUCAAUCAACAAUCCUUCCACGUCGGAACCUGUUUCCAAAACGGACUCUUUCCCCGCUCGAGCGAUCAAUCGCUCACAUCCUAUUCGAGUAUCGUGAAAUCAUACUGCGAUUCUGGAGAUCCAUUUUGUUGCUCGGGAUUGGAUACUUUGGCCCAUUUGACAUAUGUGACGAAGUAUCAGUCGUUGGCUUUGUCGUUUGUUUUGGGGAAGAUCGCUUAA